AUGGACAAACUGACAAUUCCGCAGGAAGAUGAGAAAUUGAAGGAACAAUGCAUUCUCGGGCUGGCGGGCUUCUUGCAACGUUCUGAAACGUUGGUUAUUCUGUGGUCAGAAUCAUACAUCGGCCGUGUUUGGUGUGUCUAUGAGUUUGCUGCAUUUACAAGAAUGCAUUCAGGAAAGGGAAAUGUGCAGGCGGUGCCAGUCACAUUCCCUUUGCUUCUUUUGCUGCAUGCCGCAUGGUGGUUGGCAGUCAACUUGGUGAUCUAUGUGGUUUGGAACUCCUUAGAUUUGGCGCUGCCCAUCUUAAUCCUGCUGUGUUGGUGUAGCAUUGGCUUGUUCUUCCUCAUUGGUUUUCCGGUGCAGUCCUGGGCUGGCAGGCGCUUGACGCGGAAUUUGCACAGCCUCACGGCACAACUGUCACACUUUGAUGUCAAUGAAGCCAAGUGUUCAUGCUGCUCAUGUGGCCAUGUGAGUUCCGAGGGGGAGGAAAUCCCAUGUGACCGCGAAUUGAUUUAUCAGAGUCUCCAGGAUUGGUAUGGAAAGGACAGCGACGACUUACAGGCGGGGCUUGAGAGAUUCAAUGCAGUGGUCAGGAAUAAGCUCACAGGUCAGAUCUUGCAGACCUGGGGUGGCAAUGCCGUUCCCGUCAAAAUUUUCACAUACAGCGUCUUCAGCAUGCAUACGCCUUUCUUGAUCACCAGGAUCCCAGCUACCCUAUAG